UGUAUUUAUGUUGAGCUAGUGAGUAUAUACAUGCAAGAUGGGUGGUGAGAAAAUUCUCAUCAAGUAGGAAGUAGGAGAUUAUUAAAAGACAUGAUUCACAUUAUUGCAAUAGCAACCACAUCAGUUUUUGAUGCUCUUGGAAGCUAGGAAACAUACACCGAGCAGACAGAAAAGUGCACUGGGGUAACCACCAGGAUGGACACAUCAGUGGAUACAACAUCAACAAUCAACUACGAAUACCUGAUUUCGGAUCUAUGCGACCCCACUGGCGUAAAUGACUUCUCCAGACAGGUUCUUCCACCACUGUACUACAUGAUCUUUAUUGUUAGCGUGGUCGGAAAUGGAGUCGUUUUAUUCAUCAUGUACAAGUUUGAAAAGCUCAGCACUGUCACAAAUAUAUUCCUCAUCAACCUAGUGGUAUCCAACGUUGUUUUUACCUUCACGCUCCCGUUUCAAGCCGUUUAUCAUUCCGAUGAAUGGAUCUUCGGUGAGGCGCUUUGCAAGUUGGUGAACAGUGCUUACUAUCUCGGUUUCUACAGCUCCAUCCUCUUCCUCACGCUCAUGACGUUUGACCGCUACCUGGCUGUGGUCCACUGUGUGGUUUCCAGCAAACGACGCAGGGGGUGCUACGCUGUUUUAUUGUCUGCGAUCGUGUGGUGCAUCAGCCUAGUUGCCAGCCUUGAACUCUUCAUUCAUUUCACCGUGGAGGAGGAUCAAAUUUCCGGACUGACUUGCAAAGACUCAAGCGAAGGUCGAUGGAAGGUCUUUGGGCUUUAUAAACAAUUUGUCUUCUUUUUCAUCUUCCCAUUAGCUGUGUUUGUGUACUGCUACGCUAGGAUAAUAGUAAGAGUCAUCUCCACUCGAAUAGUAGGGAAACACAGAACAGUCAGGCUUGUUUUCGUUAUUGUCCUGAUGUUUUUCGCCUGUUGGAGCCCAUAUAACAUCAUACUGUUGAUAAAUGAGAACAAAGAUAAAAAGGACUGUGACGACAGCCUCGAUUAUGCUUUGCGCAUCACUAGCAACAUUGCCCGCUUAUAUUUCUGUAUUAAUCCUAUUUUCUUCACCUUUCUUGGAAAAAAGUUUCAAAACCACGUGCGAAGACUUUUAGAGGAUAAAGUUUCAUGUUUAAAGCAGUAUAACUCUUACAGUGGAAGCAGCAGAUCAUUAGCUUAAAGAUGAUUGGUCGGUAUCAAUAAAUGUACAUACUAGUGACUUGAAAGAAAGGUACACAAAAACUUUCAUGACAAAUUAUGUAGUGUUGCUAAAGUAGUGGAAAUCAUGCGAAUAUUGUAAAUUGUUGUAAUUUAAUGAUGCUGGUUAAUGCAUAUUAAAAACCAUGAUGAUUUCAUUUGUUUUCAUUUAUAUGCAGUCUAAAACACAAUCUACUGUAAACAUAUUGUCUCUAUUCAACAAACCUUGCAGGGUUCGUUAACGGUUUUACAUAAGUUAGGCAUUUGCUUUUAUUCACUAUAAAUAUAGGAAGGAAACAGCAUCUUUCAUAUGAUUAUUGGGCAAGGUUCUUGUGUUAUGUAUUGCUACACAGUUUGCGAUUGCACAAAUGAAUGAACCCACAGCCUCCUCCGCCUUCUCAGAUUUCUAUUUUUGACCCUUAAGUUUUCAUAUGUUAGAAAGUGACUAAAAACGAUUUAUUAAAUAGUC